AUGAAUUUGAACAAGACCAUACGGAGGAAGCAGGAGAUGAUGGUGCACGGAGUGCAGAAGCAGCAACAAACAAUGAAGCUAACAAAGUUGUUCGACGUAGGAAGAGAGACGUUGUAACAAAGUCCAGGGGAUUCUGUAAUUCUGACAUUGGAAACAGGGAAAACUCUCCUUCCACGCACACCAUCAGCUCCUACAGGUGCUGCCACCACUUGCAACAUUGAAUUCCAGACACACUUACAGCAAGUUACUGAUAAAUGGUUUGAACUUAGGGGCAAGAGUAAAACAAAUCAGGAUCACGUGACAGCCUUUUGGGGCGACAUUGAAAAAGUACUCGGCAAAUUAGCUAAGGCUCUAACAGAUAAGGAAGGAACAAACAAUAAUCAUUGCGACAAGAUUACGUACAUAACUGGUACACCAAGUGAAAGCGAAAAAACGGCAUGUAAUAACAUUGCUAAAGGGUUGUGGGGUAUAUACGGCAUUAAGCCUGAAGAAAGUGAAAAUAAGAAGAACCAUGUUGAGAAUCAAAAAUUUGAGCAGGCGAUAGGUUGCCUCAUGUUAAAUGUGUACGCUCAGGAAAUAAAGGACAAGUGUCCACUAAUGGGAAAAACUGUUCAACAAGCUUUUACUAUCCAUGAGGGGCUUCGCACAACUGCGUGCAGUAGUGGGACGAAAAACUGUGUUCAAUGUGAAUGGGACGAAUGUGCAAAUUAUAACUUAAAUGGGAACGAAGGAGUAGACCUACGGAGAAAAGUGAAGGACAUGCUCCUGGGGAAAGACGAAAUAACAAAAACUAUGUCUACUAUAAGUGAUUCAUCCACUAUUAAGGAAUGGUUUACACUAUUUUCGGAGGAUGUAAGACAAGAGGAUAAUAAGGAGAAGUAUAGUGAAUUGAACUUCCUUCUACCUUUAUGUGACGAUUUGAAUAGUACCCUUGGCAAGGGCAUGAGCAAGUAUGAAAGUUUCUGUAGAAUUAUGAUAAGGAAUAUAAUACUGACGACAGCCGUUGAAAAGAAAUAUGAAGACAAAGACCAGACUCAGGAGAAGGGACAAGCACCAUGUGAGAAGAUCGAUGUCAUAAUACAGGCCCUUAGCCGAGUUAAAACUGUAAGGGAAACAUUAAAUGAAAAUGUGAAGUAUACGGAAUGUGCUUAUGAUGCUGCACUAAAAAUUGCUUAUACGGGACAGACGCAUAAUUCAGAUGACCCGCACUACAUAUUUGAAACAAGUGAGUUGCAUACUAUGAUGGAGACAAUAACUAAAGAUAAAACUUGGUGUGUCGAUAAGGAAAAAUUGCAACAAAGGAGAAAGGCGCUUGAGGAUCCAGAUCGUUCACGCGCAGAAACAGGAGAGAAGGUUCAAAUAAGGAAUGGUGCUGAGGAAUUAGAAGACUUGAAGAAAAUUUUUGAGAAUGUUAACGAAACAGUAGAGGAGGAGGUAAAGAAAGAGGCAAAGAAGCCAGAAACGGACUCACCACCACCAGCACCCCAGGAACCGGUAGCAGAGGAUACUGUCCCUAAGGUAGAGGAGGAGGAGGAGGAGGAAGAAGAGGAAGAAGACGAGGAGGAUGAAGACGAAGUUGAAGAAGUCGCAGAAGAACCCGCUAAAGAUAAGGAAGAUGAAGAAGAAAACAACGAUCAAGCAGAAGAAGAAAUUCCCGCUACUGAAGAAAAUGAUGCUACUACUGCUCCUGAAGGACAUGAUCACAGUCUGGCCGGAGGUGGCGGAAGUGGUGAGGGAGGGUCCCGUUUAGCAACACCCAAGGCUGAAGCACUUAUUGACAUGAAGGACAACCCCUUCUUUCCUUACCUUCCUUUGGCUCCUGCCAUGCUUGGUAUUUCUGUUAUGAGUUAUCUUUUAUGGAAGCAUUUUGGAAUGCUUCGUAAGACCAGAAAACGUUACAGAAGAGCUCCUAAAGCACUUGGUCCAACCUUAGAACAGCAGAUUGUUGACCAUGUGGAACAGCAGGAUGGUCCACAUGAAUAUUAUUUAGUGAAGGAACGCAAACCUCGUUCUACGCCUAUAAGAAGGAGGAAAAAACGGGUUGCUGGUCAUCGCCGUGCUGGUCGUCGUGGUGUGCGUCGCCGCAUGAUUAUUGAUAUCCAUUUAGAAGUCUUAGACGAAUGGCAAAAAGGGGACCUGCAUUCGAUGAAGGAGGACUUUUUUGAAAUUUUGGUUCAAGAAUUCAUGGGAUCCAAGUAUAUGGAAGAAGAAAAUGUUCCUAAGGAACAGGUUCCAAGUUUAGAUUCCGCGUUUUAG